UUGAUGCCAAAAUGUAAGAUCACUUUUUACACUGUCCCUUAACUGUGCUUUGAAAUCUACCAACUCUCUGAGAAUGUUUAGGUUAGUAUGUUAAUAAACUAGUCAUUUUCAUUUUCACAAUAAGUAAUGAAAAGUAGAAAGCUCCCGUUUCGCCUCAGUUUAUGAACAGUGACGUGCGUCAUUGCGCGCGAGUGACGAGAGGUUCACAAGCAUUCAUCGGGCCAAUCGGACGUGGGUGUUGCUGUAACCUAAUCAGCCCAUCACCAGAGUCUUCAUCACGACGCAGGUUGGAAGUGAAAGCGGGAGGAAUGACUUCGGAACACAGAUCUGUUUGCACCUUUGGAAGAGUGUGUGGGAUCAAUCUGCAUCUUUUUACGGCAAUUCUCGAAACUUUUUCUUGCCUGUGUGGGCGCUGACCGACAGACACAAGCUCCCGCGAAGCCUCCAGAAGCGGACUACGACUGGCGAGAACUGGAAACUUUAUUUAGCAACGUUUAAGAUCUGGUUGGCUUCUUUUAGCCAAAUCCACGAUGAGGUGCCGCUUACUUUGUGUCGUCUCGCUGACUUCAAGUCACCAACUUCGACAUGAUGUGAAACCAUCAAAAAGGAAACCAGUUUUGAGCAGCGUGGUGGAAUCACAGAUGCUCAUAUGACGUCUAACCUAUUUAAAUUUCAUCUUUUGUGGAAAUGGCAAGCCGUGCCACAUCGAUGGAGUGGGCAGUGGUGUUAAUAAGCAGUGUGCUCAUCCUAAUCAUCGGUCUCUGUGUCGGAUCUCCUAACCACAGCCGACGGCUGGUCUGCUGGAAAGCAAUCCUCAAGUGCCAUGGAGAGCCGGAGUGCCAUUACGCCUAUGAUCAGUACCUCCAUGCCUGCGCGUCUGUCAUUAGUGGGGAACGCAUGAAGUGCCCCAGUCACUGUAUAUCCUCUCUUAUUCAGCUGAAUCGAACCCAGAGCGGCCCGGCUCUGGAGGACUGCGACUGCGCCUUGGACCCGGUCUGCAGGAACACCAAGCAAGCUAUCGAGCCGUGUCUGCCACGGACCAGCACCAUGGGCUGCACGGAAGCCCGACGUCAGUGUGAGUUGGAUCCGUCUUGCAACUCUGCUAUGAGGGAUUAUUUAUUUCACUGCCGAAAACUUUUCGGGGGGGAAAGGUGCUCGGAUGGGUGCCGCAGAGUGAUCGCCAACAUGCGCUCCAUACCGAAAGCGCAACAGCUAGACACUUGUGUGUGUGAUGGCAUUGAGAGGACCAUAUGCGAGUACAUUAAGGUCACCAUGAAAACUUUCUGCUCGGACUCCGGUGACAGGUUCGCGGGAAGCGGCUUUUCAGACGCUGAAGAUGAUUCUGAGUAUGAUUAUACGGAGCAGGAAGAUUAUCAAUAUGUGGAAAGCUCAAGUGACUCCACGCCUAGUCAAACUGUGCUAAAUGUCCUGACCACCAUUUUGGUUUUAACCAAAUGUAUUUGAAAGGCUGGUGCCAUUAAGGACAUAAACUCAGACUUGCUCCUGGUCAAUCAACCCUCAGCCAUUUUAACAGAGCGGACUAUUCAUUUCAGCCAAAACCUCGUCCUACAGAUCUGCACAGUCAUUUAAUACUCAGGACAUUUUCUGUGGAUUGUCAAACAUGCAAAGUUUGUGGCUCAGAUCAAGUCGUCUAUAGCAAAUGUACACAUAUUUGAGUUACACAUUCAAAAAUGGCAGCCAGGUUGAAAGUUACAUAUAAAGUAUAUUGUAUAGAAAUUUGCCAAAGCUUAUGUUGUGAUGAGAUUUGCACUGUAGAUGAAUAGGUGAGUUCUAUUCUUUCACUGCAUUAUGUUUUAUAGAAGUACCUAAAAGUCUUUAUUCACCUUAUGUGUCCAUUUCAGCAGAACAACUGUUUUAUACCAGCUCUAGCAGACUUCCUCCACACCCUCUUCAUUGAACACCAAAGUUGAUAUAAGCCACUAAAACGUGGCUGAAUGCAACUGAAAAAAGCUCUUGAGAGCGACACACUUGACCUUGCAAACAUGGAUGUUUGCAUAAUUCCAGAAAGCUGUUCAAACAGAUGGGAGAAAGGUAAACAACCUCCUCUUGGGGAUUUGCAGCACAAAUGGAGUGAAGAAGUGUUAAGUCGUUUUGUUGAUCUUCACCCCAUGUGUUUGUCAGACACACUGAGCAAAAGAUGUUCAGGCCAGUGGAGAUAUCAAGUGGCCAUUAUGAAAACACUCCUCAGAGUGUACAUGCAC